UGCAAUCGCCAAACACAACUAUCAAAUUCUGACGCUCUGGCUUUGACACUGUACAAACUUUCUUUCAAAAAUAAUCCCAAAAUGAGCGACUUUUUCUUUGAAGAAGAGGAAGAUUAUGGAGAGUACGACUUGGAAUACUCUGAGGAAAGUACCUCUGAACCGGAUGUCGAUCUCGAAAACCAGUAUUAUCUUGCAAAGGCCUUGAAGGAGGAAAACUUGGAAAACUCUAUAGCCGCUUUUCAAAAAGUUUUGGACCUUCAGGGCGACCUGAAAGGUGAAUGGGGGUUCAAAUCGCUAAAACAACUGGUGAAAAUUCAUUUUCAAAUGAAAAAUUAUUCCGAGACCAUGAAAAAAUAUCAGGAGUUACUUGGUUAUAUCAACAACGCGGUGACAAAAAAUCAUGGCGAAAAGUCCAUAAACUCUAUCCUGGAUUACACGUCCACAUCCAAAGACAUGGAGAUGCUGCAAAACUUUUACGAAACUACCUUGGCUGCACUGAAGAAUGCAAAGAACGACAGGUUGUGGUUCAAGACGAACACCAAAUUGGGAAAGGUUUAUUUGGAGAGAGAAGAAUUCAACAAAGUGGCCAACGUUAUCAGACAACUGAAACAAACGUGCAACACCGGCAGUCAUGAAACUGAUCCGCACAAAGGUACGCAAUUGUUGGAGGUGUACGCCUUGGAGAUCCAGUUACACACAGAGCAGAAGAACCACAAGCUGCUGAAGGAGCUGUACGAAAGAAGCCUCAAAGUACGCUCAGCGAUCCCUCACCCGUUGAUAAUGAGCGUUAUAAGGGAGUGUGGAGGGAAGAUGCACCUCAGAUCGGGCGAUUAUGAAAAGGCUUACACCGAUUUUUUCGAAGCGUUCAAAAACUACGACGAAGCGGGGAAUCCGAGAAGGAUCAACUGUUUAAAGUACCUGAUCUUGACCAGCAUGUUGUUGCAGUCCGCUAUCAAUCCAUUUGAUUCGCAAGAAGCAAAACCCUACAAGAACGACGAGGAGAUCAAGGCGAUGACAGAUCUCAUUUCCGCAUUUCAAAAUAACAACAUGAAGGAUUUCGAACGAAUAUUCCAGGAAAACAAAGAAUCUCUGAUGGCAGAUCACUUUGUUCAUGAGCACAUUGCGGCGUUAUUGAAGCACGUGAGGACUAAAGUUUUGUUGAUUUUGGUACAACCAUACAAAAACGUCCGAUUGAGUUUCAUCAGUAAAGAACUGGGGAUAUCCCUGGAAGAUGUUGAGUCUCUAUUGGUAUCCUGCAUUCUUGACGGGCAGAUAGAAGGCAGAAUAGAUCAGGUCAAUAAAGUCAUGAUAACCAAAAAAACUUCAUGCGAUGACAAGUAUGUUGCGAUGGAUGGACUGAUGGAACAAAUUAAGAAGUUAUCAUUAACUAUUGGCGUUUAAAAUGACUAUGUUCUGUGACUAUAUUUUUCUAAAUAUAAUGUUUCAAUAAAGUUGAAUUGAAUAAAGGAAGAAUCCACAUUGUUAACA